CUGACUUUCGACAUCGGCUGGAGCAUUGCCUUGCAGGAAUAUGUUGACAGCCACAAGCAGAGCCACACUGCACGAACGGCGUCUCCGUGCGCCUCGUAGCUACUGGAGCUGUGAAUUCGCUACUUUUGUCGAACAUCAGCUCGAGCUGAGAAGUGACCCUAACCAAGACUGCUGCAGCUUGGAGCUUCGGGUGCCGGUCAGACCGACCUGAGGCGUACUAUGGCGUCGGACAGCGCGAUGAUCAUGCCAUGUCGUCCCAGCCUGAUCGCUUGCGCGAGAUGGGCGAACGGAUAUAUAAGGCCGCGAUCUCGCCCAUGCAUUGUUCGAGCGCCACACAUCGACCGCAAUCCUUCACAUCAGUUGAAACUCAGCAAUACCAUACCAUCGUCCAAACAUGGCCCCAAAACACUCCAAGGACCACCAAGAUGACUGCAAAGUCUGCGAAGACAUUCACGCAUCGGGCACGCUGAGGAAACGCCUUAUUGUCUGCUGCGACGGCACUGGCAAUUCUUCCAACCAAGGAACAGAGACAAAUCCCACCAACGUUGCAAGACUCAGUCGUGCCAUUGCCAAUGUCGGCUUCACGCAUCAUGGCAAGCCGAUACCGCAGAUCGUCUACUACCAGGCUGGCGUUGGGACGGGCAGUCUCACCAAGUUCAAUGCAGCCCAACAAGCCUACAACUUCCUCGUGAACAACUACGGACCUGAAGAUGAGAUCUCGCUCUUUGGUUUCAGCCGUGGGGCUUACACUGCACGAACUCUUGGCAGCUUCAUCUGCGACUUUGGUCUCAUGACACCCGGCAUGAUGGACUACUUCGACGAGAUCUUUGAGGAGUACAAGAAACGCAAGACCCGGGAUUUCGAGAAAGAAGGCUGGUUCAAGAACCGAGUCAGAAAGGGUGAGCUCGGUUUGAAUUGGAACGAUUACCACGACAAGGAUGGCAACAACAUCAAGGAACUUCCCACACGCAUGCAGUGGAUCAAGACCUGGACCCAUCAACACAUCACCCUCAAAACCGUUGGAGUUUUUGACACCGUCGGAAGUGUGGAGAUCGAGCACGCAUUUCACGCAAUGGCGCUGGACGAAACUCGCGGCAACUUCCCGCUCACAAAGUGGCACAUCACUCCCGAGUGCUCCAAGGUAGACUUGCGGCAAUGUUGGUUCCCCGGCUAUCAUAGUGAUAUCGGUGGCCAUGCCGACGCCAAGUCUGACACCAACAGUGUCGACGAGAUCACCUUUGCUUGGAUGGUGGACCAGAUCUCAAGCGAAAGUUUGCUGCAAUUCACCCCUGCUACUCUGCGAUAUCCAAUUCUGAAUCGGAUCAACAACACCAGCAUGAUCGAGAAUGGCCCGAACUGCACAAUCCCUACAUCUCCCGAGGACGCCAAUCAACGCCUUAUUCGCUGGUCCGACGGUAUCAUGGGGGAGACCAAUACUCCCAUGUAUUAUGUCAGUUCAUUCAUCGCCACUUUUCGUUUCUGGUACACUCGAGAGCCAGGAGUCUGGAAGGAUGCCAAUUCCCAACUGAUUAAUCCCGAGCACCUCCGCGAGACGAUCCAUCCGACAGUCUGGCAUCGUAUGAGUACCACGGAGUGCAAAUAUCGUCCCGCCGCGCUGCCGGCUAAGGAAUGGUCUCGCGAGGAGGCUUCUCCCGAGGAAAAGGCGGACGAUUACCUGUACGUUUGGGUCAAGAAGGAUCCUGCCACGGGAGAAGAGGUACUGCGACUGCCGGAGUACAGGAUGAAGAAUAUCAAGAAGCGAGACUUUUGCCAUCAUGAUGAACAUGGCGAGGAGAAGCACUAUGCUUUGUGGAAUGAGAGCUUGGAGCUCAAGCUUGCGCCGACGGAGGUCGCGAGGGAACAUGCGAAAUUGUGAAGCGGUCCUCGUUUUGAACGCAAUUGCCCUUGGGAGAUUUCCUUUCUUGACUCACGAUUGCUGUAGCAGAAGAUCUCUGUCCCCUUC